AUGCAACAUCUCUCCACAGUCACUUGCAUCUCGGCAACUGCUGCUUUGUAUACUAGCAUCCUCCCGUACUCAGUCUCUCCGGUCCGAAGCCAGCAUAGUCGCAUCACUACACUGCAUGACCCAUCAUCAUCGCUGCCACCACGCCCUGUCAAAGUCACCAAAAUUCGUCUCAUGCGCAUCGUGAUUUGCCGAAUGAGCCGGCCUGCAACGCUCACCUGUAGCACACCACCCUUGGUAGAUAAUUCCAGCGACCAGGGCAAUUUUUGUUGA